AGCAAAAUAUAUAGGAUCAGGACUGGCAACAAUAGGUUUAGCUGGAGCAGGAGUAGGAAUCGGGUUAGUCUUUUCAGGACUAAUUACGGCUACAGCCAGAAACCCAGCUUUAAGACCUCAAUUAUUUAGUUACGCUAUCUUAGGUUUUGCCUUAUCAGAAGCGACAGGAUUAUUUGCUCUUAUGAUGGCUUUUUUAUUAUUAUACUCAUAA